AUUUUUUAAUAAGAAACUUGGAUACAUGUUCAUUCCGGAUUGAUUGUAAGCAAGGUCGGCUGCUGAGCCAAGUUCUUUCCAUAAUAUUCUUUCCAAAAACACAAGAAGCCAGCUGGGCUAACUAAUAAAAAAGGAUUUAACUUGGCUGCUGAAAGAAUCAGCAACCCCUGCUGAAAGCCUGUCAUAGCGCAACACAUGUUCAAGUUGUGACUAAAAAGAUCAUAACUUGAACAGAUGUCCAACCCUGCUCUCAGCAGGCGUGCUGCUCAUUCUUCAGCAGCCAAGUCUUGUUCAAUAAAAAAUACUCAUUCCUCAAACCUCUCUCCUCCGUCUUCGUCAUUCCUCUGCAAAUCCAACCAAACUAUCGCCCUUCCUCUGCAAAUUCGACCAAGACGAUGCACGAGCCACAACCAAGUAUUACAGUUGCCCUGUAUUCCGACGAGAGAGAAGGGGAUUUACAGCUCCCCGCCUUGAUUCCCGUCUCAUGCUGCCACUCCUCGUCCUUUGGUAGAUUCGCCACUAAACAUAAGAGAGAAAGUCGCAAAGUUGAUGAUAAUAAUUCCGCGGAAUCCAUACAUAUAGACACUGACGGUAUCGUUGAAGAAUUGACUAACACCAUCGGAGCAAAGCUUCUCAACCAUUCGCCAUUGCCAGCAUCGUGCUGCAUAUUCAGAGUUCCCCAUCCGAUUCGGCGAAAAAAAAAUACAGGCAUACGAACCUGAUAUCGUCUCAAUCGGACCCCUUCACCGAGGCCGCGGUGGCGAUAAAUUCCAACUCAUGGAAAAGGUGAAGCGCUGGUACUUACAGUGCCUUCUCGCAGACGCAAACAUAACUUUGGCAAACUUGAUCACAGGUGUCGUGGAUUUCAAGAAGCGCGCUCGUGAUUGUUACGCAGAGCCAUUGGAUCAUUUCAACAAGAAAGACUUCAUUGAGAUGAUGAUAAUCGACGGAUGCUUCCUAAUCGAACUCUUUCGAAAAGGAUUUUCCGUCGAUCAACGAGACGAGAACGACCCUGUUUUCAAUGUCUCCUGCAUGCCGCAAUAUCUUUUCCAUGAUCUUCUCCUGCUAGAAAAUCAGCUGCCAUGGUUUGUUCUCGAGCGGUUAUACAAUUUAACCGCCGUGAAGAAUACUACUUCCGAAGGAAAUGCCGCCUCCCUCCCCGACCUUGUCCUCAACUUCUUCAAACAAUCCGUGGCAGACGAUUUUAUUUUCAAACCGUGUCUGAAUCUCCCUCACGAACCCCUGCACAUACUCGAUCUCAUAAGAACCUGGAUCGUUUUCCCGUGUAAAGAAGAAGGUUUAGGCUGCAAACGAAAAGUAGGGAAUGAUGACCAACAGCAGAGCGAGGAGAGACCGCCGCCGCAGAGGGUUCCAAACGCGACAACUCUGUCCGAAGCCGGCAUUAAAUUCCAAAAAAGUUUCAAAACCUCGGAUUGCAUAAUGAACAUAAAUUUCGAAAACGGGGUGUUCACCAUUCCACCACUAGGAAUCGACGAGACGACAGGGCCGCUCUUCAGGAACCUCAUCGCCUUCAAGCAAUGCUGUCACAGCCGCCCCCACAAGGUAACAUCUUACGCCGUCCUGAUGGAUAAUCUCAUCGAUUCGAGCAAGGACAUCGACCUUCUUUGCGAUAUGGGAAUACUGGUGAACUGGCUGAGCCCGGAAGACGCUGCGCGGUUCUUCAACGAGCUGUACAACGACACGAUGGUCAUCGGAUUUUACUACGAGGGACUUUGCAACGAAGUGAACAAGUAUUACAAGACUGACUGGAACAAGUGGAUGGAAAAGCUGAGGCGCGAGCAUUUCGGUUCGCCGUGGGCGAUUAUUUCUUUGGUCGCUGCGUUUAUUCUGCUGGUGCUCACAAUGUUGCAGACUGUAUAUGCAAUUCAUCAGUUUUAUCAUCCUCCUAAAUAGUUGUAUCAAUUUGUUAUUGUCUUGAUUUUCUUUCGCUUCCAAGUUCCAACGCUUAAGGUUUGGACAUGUGAUGGGGUUUUGUGUGUGUGUGUUAGAACUUGUGGGAGCUACUAGUUUUGUCAUUAGAAGGUUUUUGGGACAACCAUCUAGACAGAAUUUGGGUGUGACGGCUUGAUCACGUGGCUUGUCCUACCACGAAAUAAGAUGUUGUUACAUUGUCAUUUAUUUUUUACCUAAACUUUUAUAGAUAUAUGACCUUCUUGA